AUGCUGCGCGCCGGGCUGCUCCCCCGCGCCCUGGGCCGCCCCCGCGGCUGGGCGGGCGGCGGGUCCCGGCUGCGGGCGGCCCUGGGGCUGCCGCCGGGCCAGGGCCGGCCCGCGGGGGUGGCGGUGCCGCCGUGUGCCCGGGGGCUGCGCUGGGCGGGUAAAUUUUAUCAACACGCCACAACAGAGGCCUCCCAAGCCACCUUAGCUAGCGUGUCUCCUGUUUUUGCAGUGGUGAAGCUUGACAAAGAGGGAAAUACUACCUAUUUUGAAAAGAAGAAGACAGAAUUGUACCAGGAAUUGGGUCUUCAAGCUCGAGAUCUAAGAUUUCAACACCUAAUGAGCAUUGCAACUAGGAACAACAGGAUCAUCAUGAGAGUGGAGUUCUUGAAGGCUGUCAUAACACCAGAGUUUCUUCUGAUACUAGAUUAUCGUAAUUUAAAUCUGGAACACUGGCUCUACAAUGAACUAGCGUCUCAGCUGGCCGGGGAAGGUCAACUAGUUACAUAUUCCCUGCCCUUUGAAUUCCGAGCCAUAGAAGCAAUUCUGCAGUACCGGAUCAGCAAACUGCAGGGGAGACUUAACACUUUGCAGCCUCAGAUCCUUGAGACACUGGAAGCUCUAGUGGACCCCAAGCUUUUGUCUGUGGAUAGGAGUAAACUACACAUUCUCCUGCAAAAUGGCAAGAGCUUGUCAGAACUGGAAACAGAUCUUAAAGUUUUCAAAGAAACAAUUCUGGAGAUCUUAGAUGAAGAAGAAUUAAUAGAAGAGCUGUGUCUAUCUAAAUGGACUGAUCCACAAGUAUUUGAGGAGAGUACAUCUGGGAUUGACCAUGCAGAGGAAAUGGAGCUGCUGCUGGAGAACUAUUACAGACAAGCAGAAGAUCUUGCGAAUGAAGCUCGUGAGCUCAGAGUACUGAUUGACGACUCGGAGAGCAUAAUAUUUAUCAACCUGGACAGCCACCGUAAUGUGAUGAUGAGACUGAACUUGCAGCUGACUAUGGGGACUUUCUCUCUCUCUCUCUUUGGACUCAUAGGAGUUGCAUUUGGUAUGAACUUGGAGUCAUCUCUAGAAGAGGACCCCAGAAUAUUUUGGCUGGUGACGGGGAUUAUGUUUCUGGGAAGCGGUCUGAUAUGGCGGCGCUUGCUUUCCUUCCUUGGGCGGCACCUAGAACCUCCGCUACCUCCUCACGUUCCUGCAGUUUUGAAAAAAUCCCAACCAGCUGGAAGAGUGGAGAUAAAAAACAACCUUAAAGCGGAAACAUUUGGGCUGAGCAGAAGCACAUUAACAAACCAAUAGGAACAGCAGGAAUGAAGAGACUUUUAUUGUUACAGGGUGGACUUUGGACACUUGCCUUGCUUUUGCUCUUCCUUACUGAAAACUGUGGGAAUUUCUAAACUUGCUAAUUUAAUAUAUAUUUUGUGCCAAAAAUCGAUAGUGAGAUUUUAAUGCUCAUACACAGAAGGAGAGAAACAGAAGGGAAAACAGUGACAGGUUUUCCACAGUAGGCUCACCUCCACCCCACGUAUGUUCCAUUAGUUUUCUGUAUCAUGUAGAUGUACUUAUUUUUUGGACAUUCUCAAGUGUUUCUGUCAAAUACUUCUUCACAUGAUGGCCUUUCUUAAAGAGAACAGUGUUUUCAGCUGAAAGCAUGACAGCAGUCAGCAUUCAUGAAUAAUUCUGGUUCUGAGCUGCAGAUUUAGGAAUCUGACUUCAAAUACCAAAGAAAAAUCCCCCCCAAAAGUGGCCUUUUUAAUGGAUUUUUCAAGGCCGUAUUUAAUUGCAGAGAACAGAUUUUCCAAAGUAAAAAGCAUACCUGCAUCUCUUGUGAAGCAUCACCUCUAUAUUGGCUGUAACCAGAAAUAAGUUUCCCUUAUUUUAAGUGAGCAACAACAGCUUUUGAAAUGUAGCUACUUGGGUAUUCCUUAACAAUUAAUUUAGGCUCAAAGCGUACGCGGGUUUUGUAACAAGAAAAGCGGGCCUGUGGUAAUGCGCAAUUGUGCUUGCCCUCUGCCGCUAUUUCAACACGCAUUGACAGAGCUGCAGUUUAAUCAGUCAUAAGGACUGAUUCAAACAGUGAUAAAAAUUAACAGAUGGGUUGUUGGUUUCUCUUAAGCCGAGUUCUACUUUCUUUGCCUUCCACGAAGGCCAGACGAAGUGUGGAUUAGCCUGCACCACAGUAAGUAGCUGGGUUAGUAAAGGGUGUGGAAGCCUGGUGUCCUGUGAUGGACUGAAAGAAGGAGUAAAAUUCUUAUGCCCACUAUUUGUGUUUUUUCCUAGGACUUACCUCUGAACUCUGAGGGUGUAGUUCUCCACUGGUUUCUGCCGGUCUGUAGAGGGAGCAUGAAAUCCUUCUGAAUCAGGUCACAAACGGGUUUUUGUUUGGGGUUUUUUAACCUCUUUGUAACACACACUGAGUAGCUCCUUAGGUGCCACCAGAUAAAUCACUGUACUGGCACGGGUUGAGAAGACAUUAACUGUAGCUGUGAACAUUUUUACUCAGGACUGAUGAGUCAAAAAUGGAAAGAAAAAGGUACAGAAAUGAGAAUUAUGCAGGCCUGGGAUCCUAGUUUGGUUAAAAUCGGUUGUAUGUAAUUAUUUUCACAGUUGUUCUUGCUCUAUAUGUGACUACAGAUACAAAAAGCACGAUAAGGUGAGAAAAUUAA